AUGAGCUAUUCCGACAAGCGCAAAGGCAGCACUCAUGCCCUGCGCUCCUCGGCAUCGUCACGCAGCAGCAACAUUAUCGCACCUCCGCCACGUGCACAACUUACUCGUCCGGCAUCUUCGUUAUCCUCACCCACUCCCGGAAACGACGCGGCACACGAAACCUCAAACUCGUCUAAUAAGGAUGGCGGCGCUGCGUCGGCGGCAGAGGAGCGGGAGAGCAUCCUGCUCAAGAAGAAAGACGACAAAAUUGCCGAACUGAAGCAGGAACUUGUAAUCAUGGAGACCGAGUUUGCUCGGGAACUCGACCAGCUGUCCCAGAACGAGAGCGGGGCCGCAAGCUUCUGGCAAACGAAGCAUUCAACCGUGAACCAGCAAUUUCUGCGCAUGGAGACCGAGCUACGAUUACUGCGCAACGAAGUCGACGUGAAAGAGGCUGAGCGGACAGAGCUGCGCGAAGGGUGGGAGGCCCUUCGGAGGGAGUUGAGGGAUCGCAAUGAGGAGAUUCGCUCGUUGAAAGGGCACAUCGCAGGGCUCAAGCAAUGGGUGAGCACAAGCACCAAGAAGAGCGAUCAGACAAGCGACGAGGAGUUUGGAGAGACGGUGGCGAAGCUGCGCAACGGCUUGCAGAACUGGGUGGUUUCUCACUUUAGAAAGUCAAGCCUUGAUCUGAGGAACGCCGAUCAAGAGAUCAUCUACGAGCUCAGUGAGCUCGUGCCCAUGUACGAGGAGCUUGCCAUCGGUGAAACCAAGCCGCACUUACUGCAAUCUGUGGUCUCGAGUAUUCUAGUCGAGAUGAUCUUUGAUAAGUACUUCGUCGGCCUCACCGACGAACAGUCAGCUCAAUUCGAGCAGAUGGAGAAGUAUCUGGCGUCUCUGAGCUCACCCGAAUCGGUCAACCAAUGGCGCGCGACGACGUUGACCAUGCUUCGGCAGGCUGCCACUUCGGAAAUGCAAACCGAAACAGCAGUGGUGACCGAGAGCGUCGUCUCAAGAAUCAACCACAUCUUGAACGCGAUCACAAAUGCCAUGGCGACCGAUGCGAGAGAUCAAGCACUGCGCGUGCUCGUGAACAACUCGAUCGGUCUAGCAAGGUUACUAGUCGUGCAGAAAGCCGUAUUCAAAGUAAUCAUGCCCAAGUUCCUGCCUCGCCAGCGGGAGUCGUUUGAUGCGGCUACCAUGGACCACGUUGGCGAGGAAGACGAGGAGAGCUUGACGGCUCGCGAAAUAUGCUGCGUCACGUUUCCUGGGAUUAUCAAGACCGGGGACGAGAACGGAAGCCAUCUGCAAUUCCGCAACGUAAUCGCCAAGGCAAGAGUCUUAUGCCGGCUUGAAUGA